AUGGCUUCGGCGGAGAGCCGUCAGCGGCGCGCAAUGCACCGACGCCAGAGUCAGGGUCUCCUCGUAGUCCGGCCCCCCGUCCUUCACGAGGAGUCAGAAUCGACCCUACAUGAGAUGGACGAAAUUUUCGACAUACACCCGAGCCGCCUCGAGGUGUUCCGCUGGCGCCUCAACGAGUUCCUCAACCAGGGACAUAUGAUGCUCCUCGUGCUGCGAACCCACGUGCACGACUACUCGCCGUACUAUACCUCCGAGUUCGAGCAUGCGGUUCUCUACUACAGCAUGAUCAAGGUCGAGCUCGACGACUACUUUAACGCGGCCGCACGGUACAGCAUGAAGGGCAUGCACCAGAAGGAUAUUAAAUGGUGGCCCGACACGCUGUUUAAGCGCGUGUUCUUCGUAAUUUUUGCUGUCCUGGACAAGGUGGAAGUACAGACGCUGGACUACUACGUCAACAAGGACAAUCUAAAGCAGCUCUUCAGACAUCUACAGUGGGAAAACUUCUUGUUUAACUGGAAGGUCGCUCUGGAUCAAUCGCCUUCACCGAGCACCACCUUUCCCUAGUGGCAUUUAGCG